AUGAGUCGAGCACGUUAUACAGUUUCAAUGGAUGCUCUAAAUUCAUCGCAAUAUGAUGGACGGAUGUCUUCAGAAAAUGUUGUUACAGAUGGCAUUGAUAUUCUUCGAUCUAUAAGUUCCUUGUCGAUCAAACAACGGCCAUCAGUAGCAGAGGCAAUUCUCGGAAUUGCCAUGCCGGCUAAAUUCGACAUCUUUACUGAUAUUGGUGAACAAAUUUUUCAUGCGUUUGAAGAAUCAGGAUUUUGUCAACGUUUGUGGUGUUCAAGCGCUCGACGUUACACAUUACAUGUCAUGAACAAUAGGCAACAAUUGUUCGGAAGUGAUGGUAUCACGGAAAUUGGAGCAAUUCAUAAGAAAUAUUCUGGUUUUUUUAAUGAAGCUUUCACAAGUGCUGACAACUAUAUCUGUGAAGUUCCAAUGGAUCUCGGUGUCAAGAUGAAAGCGAUCGUGCUUGGAGCUGCUUUUGUCAUAGAUUUUACAAAUUUCUCGACGGUUCCACAAAAUAACGACAAUAAUAACAACUGA